AUGUCGAGGGCCGAGCGCGGGCGUUCGAGCCUCACGCCGACGGCGCCGCCGCCCGCCAAGCCCAAGCGAUUGUCCGUCGAGAUUCUUCCGUCAAGCGCGCCAAGCCCGACCCGCCGUCUCAGCGUCAACGCUACUUCGCGCGGGAUGAGUCCGCGGCUCCAGCAGGCGCUCCAGACGCGCCAAAUCGGCGUCAAAGGCACCACGGUGCAACUGAUCAAGCAAAUGGACGCCGAGGAGCGCGCCGUGUCGGCGGUUCGACGCGAAAGCAUCGCCCAAGCCCGCGCGAAGCGCCAAAGCUUGGAGGUGCCACCCGUGGCACCGAUACUACCGCCGACGUCGUCGACGAAGGCGCCACGGAGCCUACAACGAGCGUCGACGCGGCAACUGCGAUCCCUCAAUCGGUGUCAACUGUCCCGGUGGCGCGCCGGCGACAACGUCGUCGUCCACGACGACACCGACUCGUAUCCGGGCACCGUUCUGUUUGCCACCGCGCCGCAAUACUACGCGGUCGUCCUCGACAAUGCCGUGGUGCUCAUCGACGUCGCCGAGGCGCGGCUCGCAGCGCCUCCGUCCGUGGCUCCCGUGGAGCUUCCUGCUCUCAACGUGUCACCCAAAGCGAAAGAAUCCGCCGUCUCCGUGCCCAGCGGGACCUCUCCGCAGCCGUCCGACCAUGGCGACAUCGUCGAGCCCGAGUUGGUGCGAACGACCGCCGCCACCGACUGUGGCGACGCGUCGUCCUGGCGCCAAUCGCGUCAUGUCAGCGCCGUCUCGUCCGCGUCGACGCCGGCAGCGUCACGGCCCGAACUCGGCUCCGUCGAUAUUGCGCUCCUCGUCAAGCAUGCAGAGAGCUACAAGGCGCAACUCCGCCGCUGCAAAGACCACUUGGAAGAUCUCAAGCAAACGCUCCUGCACCACAGCCACGGCGCGUGUGUUCUCGUCUCGACGUUCCCGUCGUACUUUGGUCGGUGCGACGGCGACGCCAACGACGUGUGCUCGGUCCGAGACAUGUGUGGCGUCUUGCAUGAAAACAUCAGCCUCAGUGCGCUACACAUGAUCGAUACGGGCCGUGAGCUCAGCGCGCAGCGGCAAGAACUCGAGAGCGUGCUGGACGUCUACUACGCGGGCGCGCGCGUCCUCAUGAUGGAGGCCAACAGCGCGCCGCAACAUAGCGUGCUGCUGCGACGCACAACGGCGAUCGAAGGCGACGUGCUGCCCUACACUGCCAACGCCAUCGCGCUCACCGACGUACGUCUCCAGAAGCUACUGCCUCUACCUCCCUGGCACGACGACGACGUCGGCGACCAGAAAUAUUGUGUUCAAACCGACACGGCCGAGUUUUCGAUUCACGAGCGGGUGCUGGUCGUGGACGCGACGCUCCCCGGUAUUGUUGUCAAGAUUGCAUCCAGUGCGGUCGUUUGGGUCGAAUUCGACGACGGGGAUAUCGACACGGUCGUGCCGGUGGCCAACCUCCGGAAAUUUGAACAGGCCGGCGAGACGACGAGCUCGCCACAACCGACGACGCUGCGCCAUCGCAACGACGUGUCCAUCGGCGACCAAGUCAUUGUGCGCAAUCCGACGCACAAGAACGACGCCGUCGCGCAGGUGGUCGCAACGGCCAAGGAGACGUGCGACGUUCGGUUUCCCAACGGAAGCUUCGCCACCCACGUGCCUCUGGACCACGUGCGUCCAGUGGGCAUCGAGAAGCCCAUAGCGUUUGCUACGCUCGAUCAUGUCUUGGCGUGGAAUCCUCGCUUCGAGCGCUACUGCUCGGGGCAGGUGUCGGAAGCGUCGCACCCGACGUACACGGUCGUUUUUGACUGCGGCGAGACUGUCACCGGUGUGCCGUACGCAGUGAUGACGACACUCGACGAUGCGUCCGUGCUGCCACGCAACGGCGGAACGAUCACGACCAACUGGGAAAGCGUCCAGGGAUGGGAAGCCCUCGACCAUGCGAUUUACGAGUGCCACGGCAACCUGGCGCUGCACAAAAUGCUCUGCGAGCCAAAAGCGCAGCACUGCAGCCUCGAACCCGGCACCAAAGUCUUCGCCCGGUACCCGCUCACCGCCAAAUACUUUUUGGCCGUUGUCCACAGCGUCGAGAAUGGUUUCGUGGUGGUCGAUUUUGCGUCCAUGCAGCGCAGCCCGUCGCUGCCUCUCAGUCAUUUGCUCUCGAUGGCGGAGCCGGCGCCACGGCACUUUGACACACCGAUGCUUCUGCGCCUCAACUCGACGUCGGCGCAAACGAGCGCCCGCAACCGCAGUAUGGGGCCGACGCUGCCGCCGCAGAAGCUGAAAGCACCGAGCUUUCUUUCCCGCGUUCGCACGCUCUUUUUCGGAAAGCACAAGGUCAAGCGCUCAUCGGCAUCGCGCACGGGCCCCACCAAGACGACGAUCCGCUCCAAACGAAUGUCGGUCGUCUUGCGUCGGUAG